AUGGAGUACUCGCCGAAGCUAUCAGCGGUACUGCUCUUAGCCCUCGCGUCCGUCAUGGUGGUCACGGCCCAGAACUCGCCGGACGACUUCGUGGAAGCCCACAACGCGGCGCGCGCAGACGUGGGCGUCGGGCCGGUGAUCUGGAACGAGACGGUGGCCGCAUACGCGCAGGCGUACGCGAGGCAGCGCCGCGGCGACUGCCGGCUGAAAACUUCUCCGGCGGGCCAUCCGUACGGGGAGAACCUCUUCAGAGGCAGUGGGAGUGGGACCGACUGGACAGCGGCGGACGCCGUGACGCUGUGGGUGUCGAACAGGCAGUACUACGACCACGACAGCAACACCUGCUCGGCGCCGCCGCUCAAGUCGUGCUUGACCUACACGCAGGUGGUGUGGCGCGAGUCGACAGCCAUCGGUUGCGCCCGCGUCGUGUGUGCCAGCGGCUUCGGCGUCUUCAUCAUCUGCAGCUACAACCCGCCGGGCAACCUCUUGGGGCAGAGCCCAUACUAA